AAAAAAAAAAAAAAAAAACACCGACGGCUAACCCUACUAAAGAGGUGGCACAGAGACAGGCGAGAUACGAACCAUUCGUCUAUCACUCUCUCUGUGUUGCACCGUGAAAUAGCUCCCAUGCUUAUCUGAUUGGUUGGUUGCAAUAAACAAGAUCAGCCAAUCACAAAUACACUCAUCACUGGCAAUGUCAGAUGUGUAUACGUACCCGUCUUCUGUUGUGUUCUUCUUUCUAAAGGGCAGCAUCGCAAUUGGUUUUUUAACGCACCAACUGGUCAUGACAUACACUUCAUUAAAAUUAAGUUACGUACGUGUUUCACAAAGUCGUGUCAAAAGUUCAACUGUGCUAUUAAAACUUUAGAAACACAAGAGUACCUCUCUAUAGAACAUUCGAGAUUAAGCACACUAACGAUUUUUAUUAUGUUUAUUUUUUACUUUAUUUUUGUUUGACUUUACUUUCUACUCGCAAAUAACGCCUUGGAUGGAAGUGCCCAGCAAGGCCAAGUCUGGGUCACGUGAGAGCGGUAUUUGAAAUAGAGGCGCCAUCAAAAUGGCGGAAGAUUCGCUCGAGAGUUCUGCACAUGCAUUGGUCAGCCUAAGGGAAGGAAGUGGUAUCUACCGAUCUCCUCCAAGAAGAGGAAAUCCUCCACGAAUCAGAAAGAAGAACCAACGAUUUUAUAACGAUGAUGAAGAAACAGAUUAUUCACCAAUUCGUUCCCCUAAAAAACAACCAAAACUGUCUCUUACGCAUAUAUCGUCAUCUCUUCCAAGGCCCUCAUCAGUUCCAUCAACUCCAGAGAAACCUAACAAGGGUCAAGCACCUGUGACUUCAGGGCGCAGUAUAUUACCUAUUGUCCCAGACAAGAAAACAGCCCAAGCAAUUGGUGUAAGGCUGAGAAACCUUCUGAAGCUGCCAAAAGCACACAAAUGGGUGUGCUAUGAGUUCUUUUACUCCAACCUAGAUGCGCCCCUUUUUCUUGGACAAAAUGACUUCUGUAUAUGCUUGCAAGAGUCAUUCCCUCAGCUGAAAACAAAGAAGCUGACACGUGUUGAAUGGUGUAAGAUUCGCCGUCUGAUGGGGAAACCCCGAAGAUGCUCCUCAGCAUUUUUUGAUGAGGAAAGACGCACACUGCAUGAGCGCCGUGACAAAAUUCGCCUUCUGCAGCAGCGUAAAUUGAAUGAGUUUAACAGCCUGAAGGACCUGCCUGAGGAAAUUCCACUUCACCUGGUCAUUGGCACAAAAGUAACAGCUCGUCUGAGGAAACCACAAGAUGGACUUUUCACAGGAACAAUCAAGGCUUUGGACACAACAGAUAACACGUAUCGUGUGACCUUUGACAGGCAGGGUCUUGGGACCCACUCCAUACCUGACUUCGAAGUGCUGAGCAGUGAACCAGGAGAGACAAUUCCUCUGUCAGCUUUCCAGCAGAAACAGCGUCCCCGGCAGGCCCUUUCUUUACCAAGAUUUAUGCCUGGUGCUUCAUCCCCAGGAUCUCAAACGGACAAUGAUCCUGUGAUAAACUUCGCUCCAUUCAAGGGUCGAUUGCUCAGUCUGGAUGGAGGUACCUAUGGCGGGUUUCCCAUCAAGUACCUGGUGCUUGUGACAAGGCUAUCUAAAAUUCUCAAAGUAAAAAAAGAUUGGAUUAAUCAACUGAAAGAAAUGAAUACACAAGCUGAGAAAAUGUUUUGUCUUUCUUUUCACCAGAGGUCAUAUCAGCAACCCAUCACAAGGGAUUUUCAAAGAAGCUAUGCUGAGGUGAUUCUAGAAUUGGAAAAACUGAAUAAGGACCUGACUGAGCACCUAGUGGACAUACAACAGUACAGUCAGGAGCUUGCCCCUGAACAGGGACUACCCCAAGUGGAUCAGCCAUCUGAAGUCAAAAAAAGAUGUGACAGUGAUGCUCAGACUACAGUGGCACAAAUUUGCCAGUCCAUGUUUAGUAAUCGUAAGACUGCCAAGAAUGAUCGCAUCUUAAAACUUGUAACAGGCCUUACUUCACUUAUGCUACAGAUCAGGACCUUUUCGGAGAGUGAUUUCAACUCAUUUGAAUUUAGAUCACUGCAAGAUAGCCUGCGGGAAAUCAAAGAAACUCUUGACAGAAAUAAUAUCAACUCUUUUCAGAACAAUGUGGAGAUUCAUAUUAACCAUAUACAAAGUGGACUCAGCCAAAUGGGUAACCUCCAUGCCUUCGCUUCAUCUAUGCAUGACAGCUGAUCAUGCAUCUGUGGAUCAGCUGCAUAUGAUAGGCUAAAGCACAGCACACUUCGAGACAGGAAAAGGUAGCAGUGGGUGCACAUCUGUGCACAGCAUCAAGACUCUUUGAUGUCCUCCUUUGUGCCAGUAGUGGAGAGAAUAGCACCAGUGAAAGAACGGGAGAUUGCAAUGAAGGCAGAUUUAUUGCCAACGCUGAAGAAGUGCGAGUGGAGGUCUGCUGGAGUCACAAUGGGACUUUCUAACAUCAGGGAUUAACGUAUUUGUUGUACAGCUUAAAUUAAAUGUGAACACUCAUAUUUGAACAGUGUCAUUCACACAUCUUGCCUGUGGUGUUCAAAAACAUAUGUCAUGUCUGUCAUCUUGUAAACAGCAAGACUGGGAGACUCGCACCUUCAACUUCAAGCUGUGUACCAGUUAUGCAAAGAGUGGUUGUGUUCUGGUAUUGAGUCAUCUGGAGUCUUCAUAGCUAUGAAACCACAAACAACUCCUUUGUUGCAUGUUUGUUUUUGUGAUAUGUUGUUUGUUGAUAUGCUUCAAAUAUGAAGUAAGAAUCUGACUUUUAUGUGCCCUGUACUGAGUCUGGUACAAAAAUUGACUACAACUAGACCUAAUAGUAAUUUAUAACUUUACAUUUCAUCUUAUGCCAGCCUCAUUCCAUACCCACUCCGCUGCCCCAUCACUAAUCCUUUGCCUUUUACCAGCAUUCCUAUCAGCUAACAAUCAUGCAACAGGCUGAAUGAAGCAAGCUUAGAUUCUGUGAUUUAUGACAGUGGCUUGAUCAGGUGGCGAGAAAAUCUUAUACUUUCUUUGUGAAGUGGUUAUAAUAAUUGUGUUCGUGCUGCUGGGAGAGAAAAAGAUGUGAGAAUUUUUUUUUUUUUUAAACCUUACAAAAAAUGUGAUGCUUAACAGCUAAAAGUGAAAGACAACUGUGCAAUUUGAGUGGUGUGGGAGAAAUGCUUGUGAUGAUUGUGGAUGCUUGUGGAUGAUUGAGGUAGAGAGGAAUAGCUUGAUAGUUUGGAUGCAUGCAUGAGCUGAAUUCUUUGAAUGGUGUGUUCGUAAACUUCAUAAAACACUUCAUUUAGCCUACA